AUGAACGAACAUUUUUGGGGUAAAUGGGAGCUAGGCUGGAUCCUCUGUGACAUCUGGAUCAGCCUAGACAUCCUCCUCUGCACAGCUUCCAUCCUCUCACUCUGUGCCAUCAGCGUGGACCGCUACCUGGCCGUCACCAGACCUCUUACGUACUCCAGAAGAAGAAGAUCCAAGAAGCUGGCUCUUACUAUGAUAUUCUUUGUCUGGAUCGCUGCUGGAGCCAUCACUUGUCCUCCUAUGUUUGGUUGGUAUGAACCAGACCACAAUCAGAACGGCAACUGCAGAUACAAUCAAAACCCGGGCUAUGUGGUGUUCUCAGCCAUGGGGUCGUUCUUCCUACCCAUGGCAGUGAUGGUGUAUGUGUACGCCAGGAUAUCCUGCGUGGUGGCCAGGAGACACCAGCAACUAGCCAGUAGCACCAAGUGUAAUAAGGUUCGUUGA